GAAUGGGCCGACAACCACAAGCCCACAUCUCAGUCUAAAAUAUCGCCCAAAAUUUCACCCAAAAUCGGAAGUAGCAGAAGAUGAACGGAUUAAGUCGUCUCAAUUCGGCCAAUCACCUCUCCGCCGCAGCCGCCGCCGUAUAUCCGAAACGGUUGCUCAGAACAAGUAUCGGUCACUCCUCUCCCGCAGCGACAGCCGGAAUUAGUGAUACCCGCAAUAGUUAUGCGAGAAAAAGGGGAAAAAAGCUGAAGGAGCUCUCGAGGAGUGUGGUGAUGCUCACUUGUGACUCAUCUGCAGACGGAGGCGUCUGCAAUGUUUAUUUGGUCGGAUCCAAUCACCAUUGUCCGAAAUAUUGGGAAGAAGUUAGGGCUACGGUGCAAUUCUUGAAACCAGAGGUUGUUUUCCUAGAAUUGUGCUCUAAACGCAAUGGUAUUCUUAUGCGUAAAAAUCCCAAGGUUCCGACGAUGAGAGAAAUGGCGGAAAUGUGGAAGCAAAAUCAUAAACUUUCUUGGAUUCUUUACUAUUGGUGUAUGACUAAGCGCGGGAGUCGAUUUGAACAUACAAUUUGUGGAGAUUUCCGGGCGGCAAAUGAGGAAGCCAAGAAAUAUGGUGCCAAGGUUAUACUUGGUGAUCGACCAAUUCAUAUUACAGAUCAGAGAUAUAUUGCCAAGACGUCUAUUUGGCAAUUUCUCACCGUUCAAACUCAAGGAGUUCGCACUAAAUUACCAAAUGAUUUAAAGCAGAAACUGAAUGGAAAGUAUGAUGCUCACGCAUGGGAUCAAUAUCAUCAAGAGACGGCCAAGAGCGAUCCUGCUUGGGCGGAAAUAUAUGGCCAUGAGCGUGACCAGUAUAUUUCGGCCAAGAUACUAGAUGUUGCCCGCGACCAUAAAUCGGUGGUAGCUGUGGUGGGAAAGGCCCAUUUACCAGGAAUCCAGAAGAACUGGAAACAACCUGUUGACGUGGAGCAACUUCUUAGCAUACCAACUCAAAAAAAGACAGUAUCAAUGGGCAAGAUACUUCCUAUCACAGGGGUUGCCAUGAUUUAUGGCAUUUAUCUCUCGAUCAAGCUGAGUUGAGUUGAGACGAGCUGCAUAUUAGGGUGAUCAACAUUGCGUGAGUGCAGUUUCAUCAAUUUGAUUUGAUUAUAAUAUUUUGUAUCUGGAUCAUCGAUUCUUCUCCCACGAUUUGCGUUGUGAUUCAUUCUUUGUGAUCUUACUAAGAUUCGAUGUAUUCCCCGAUCACUGAUACAACAAGAAGCAUUCCCCGAUCACCUCUAAACCCAGCUUCAAUUUCCAGCAAAGUUAGGAUAGCAGGUGGUUGUCGCCACCAUUCAUUGAAGGCAGCAACUUGGUUUGCAAGUUGGGAUAUUUUUUAUAAAACGACAUUGUUCAACUCUAGGCGAAAUAGAGAGUUUCGAAGUGUAGUUCAUAUGAUUUUUACAACAUCCAUAGAAGAUCAGGGCUUUUUUCCAAAGGUCUGUUGUUUUUAUGACUUUCAGAAAGGUUAGAGCAUUUUUAUAACUUUCAUGAAAGUUCAAAA